CCCUUAGUUUCAUCUGUCUAACAGGGUGACUUAAGAGCUAACAAAAAUAACUGUCUAGAGACUCGUGGCCAGAGGAUGUGCUUUGCAGUCAUUACUUAAUUUAACCUUUCCAACAUCCUUAUACAAAUGAUAAAUACAGGGCUUGGAGAGUCACACCUUUAGUAAAUGGCAGGACUAAGUCUGGAACACACCGCUAUCCAGACUUUUACAGUUUUGGUUUGUACAAACAGAAGUCAUCCUACCCUGCUUCUCCAAACCUUCCACCUUAGCCUCAAAUCAGUCCAGUCUGCAACAAACGCCAUCCUACUGUUCCUUUCAGUCCAGGAACCACUAGUCUAGGAUUUUAUGCAUGCUGCUGUUGUCUCACCUAGAAGACAGUCCUUACUUGCUUUUUCGCCUCUUGCACUAGGAGAGAAAAGCUGCUGGAAACAAGUGACCAUUUCCUCAUAUGUUCCUUUUAGUUCAUUAUUCUACCAUGCUUAUUUUGAAUACAAAGAUCAGGACCUGGAUGAGACGGCUUUGGGGCAAGCCUCAUUCACUUGCCUCUCUGUAAUACUGUCUUUCGUUUUCUUGUUUUCUAGGAAUGUUUACCCUUGCGGAAGUUGCUUCACUUAAUGACAUUCAACCAACUUACCGAAUCCUUAAACCAUGGUGGGACGUGUUUAUGGAUUACCUGGCUGUUGUUAUGUUGAUGGUAGCCAUCUUUGCAGGAACCAUGCAACUUACCAAAGAUCAGGUGGUCUGCUUGCCAGUAUUGCCAUCUCCUGUAAAUUCAAAGGCACACACACCAGCAGGGAAUGCUGACGUCACCACCGAAAUCCAGAAGAUGGAAGCAACCACUCACCAAGACCAAGACGGGCGGGCAGCAAAUGACAUUUCCUUUGGCACAUCUGCUGUGACACCUGACAUACCUCUUAGAGCCACAUAUCCUCACACAGAUUCCACAGUUCUAAGUCAGGAGGCAAAGACAGAGAAGAAAGACCCAACGGGCCGGAAAACAAACUUGGAUUUUCAGCAAUAUGUAUUUAUUAAUCAGAUGUGUUACCAUCUGGCCCUUCCGUGGUAUUCUAAGUACUUUCCAUACCUUGCUCUUAUACAUACUAUUAUUCUCAUGGUCAGUAGCAACUUUUGGUUCAAAUAUCCCAAAACAUGCUCAAAAGUAGAGCAUUUUGUUUCCAUACUAGGAAAGUGUUUUGAAUCUCCCUGGACUACGAAAGCAUUGUCUGAGACGGCAUGUGAAGAUUCAGAGGAAAACAAGCAGAGAAUAACAGGUGCCCAGACUCUCCCAAAGCAUGUGUCCACCAGCAGUGAUGAGGGGAGCCCCAGUGCCAGCACCCCAAUGAUCAGCAAAACUGGCUUCAAAUUCUCAGCAGAGAAACCCGUGAUUGAAGUUCCCAGCAUGACCAUCCUGGAUAAAAAAGAUGGGGAGCAGGCUAAGGCUCUGUUUGAGAAAGUGAGGAAGUUCCGUGCCCACGUAGAAGACAGUGACUUGAUCUAUAAACUCUAUGUAGUCCAAACAGUUAUCAAAACAGCCAAGUUUAUUUUUAUUCUCUGCUAUACUGCCAACUUUGUCAACGCAAUCAGCUUUGAGCAUAUCUGCAAGCCUAAAGUCGAGCACCUGACUGGUUACGAAGUGUUCGAGUGCACUCACAAUAUGGCCUACAUGUUGAAAAAGCUCCUCAUCAGUUAUAUAUCCAUUAUUUGUGUUUAUGGUUUUAUCUGCCUCUACACUCUCUUCUGGUUAUUCAGGAUACCUCUGAGAUAUUCUUUUGAAAAAGUCAGAGAAGAGAGCAGUUUCAGUGACAUUCCAGAUGUCAAAAACGAUUUUGCGUUCCUUCUACACAUGGUAGACCAGUAUGACCAGUUGUAUUCCAAGCGGUUUGGUGUGUUCUUGUCGGAAGUCAGUGAAAAUAAACUUCGGGAGAUUAGUUUGAACCAUGAGUGGACAUUUGAAAAGCUCAGGCAGCAUGUGUCACGUAAUGCCCAGGAUAAGCAGGAAUUACACCUGUUCAUGUUGUCGGGCGUGCCUGAUGCUGUCUUUGACCUCACAGACCUGGAUGUGCUUAAACUUGAACUGAUUCCAGAAGCUAAAAUUCCUGCUAAGAUUUCUCAAAUGACUAACCUCCAAGAGCUCCACCUCUGCCACUGCCCUGCAAAAGUUGAACAGACUGCUUUUAGCUUUCUUCGAGAUCACUUGAGAUGCCUUCACGUGAAAUUCACCGAUGUGGCUGAAAUCCCCGCCUGGGUGUAUCUGCUCAAAAACCUUCGAGAGUUGUACUUGAUAGGCAACUUGAACUCAGAAAACAAUAAGAUGAUAGGACUUGAAUCUCUCCGAGAGUUGCGGCACCUUAAAAUUCUCCACGUGAAGAGUAAUUUGACCAAAGUUCCCUCCAACAUUACGGAUGUGGCGCCACACCUUACAAAGUUAGUCAUUCAUAAUGACGGCACUAAACUCUUGGUACUGAACAGCCUUAAGAAAAUGAUGAAUGUUGCUGAGCUGGAACUCCAGAACUGUGAGCUAGAGAGAAUUCCACAUGCCAUUUUCAGCCUCUCUAAUUUACAAGAACUGGAUUUAAAGUCAAAUAACAUACGCACAAUCGAGGAGAUCAUCAGUUUCCAGCAUCUGAAACGACUGACUUGUUUAAAAUUAUGGCAUAAUAAAAUUGUCACCAUUCCUCCCUCCAUUACCCAUGUCAAAAACUUGGAAUCACUUUAUUUCUCCAAUAAUAAGCUCGAAUCCUUACCAGUGGCAGUAUUUAGUUUACAGAAACUCAGAUGCUUAGAUGUAAGCUACAACAAUAUCUCUGUGAUUCCAAUAGAAAUAGGAUUGCUUCAGAACCUGCAGCAUUUGCAUAUCACUGGGAACAAAGUGGACAUUCUGCCAAAACAAUUGUUUAAAUGCGUGAAGUUGAGGACUUUGAAUCUGGGGCAAAACUGUAUCACCUCCCUUCCAGAGAAAAUUGGUCAGCUCUCGCAGCUUACUCAGCUGGAGCUGAAAGGGAACUGCUUGGACCGCCUGCCAGCCCAGCUGGGCCAGUGUCGAAUGCUCAAGAAAAGUGGGCUUGUUGUGGAAGAUCACCUUUUUGACACACUGCCACUAGAAGUCAAAGAAGCAUUGAAUCAAGACAUAAAUGUUCCCUUUGCAAAUGGGAUUUAAGAUGAGAAAAUGCGUGCACAUCCAUGUGCAAGAACAACUUCCUAGAAUGCAGAUGCUCGCGUACAAGUUAUUGCAAGAUACUGCAUUUUAGGAGUAAAUACAUCUUUUAAAACACAGAGAGGAUGCGUAGAAGGCUGAUAGAAGACAUAACUGAAUGUUAAAUGUUUGUAGUGUUUUAAAUCAUUCAUUUCCAAAUCUUUUCUCUCUUUUUUUUUUUCUUCUGGGAACAGGGAAGGAAGAAUUAUAAUCACUAAUCUUGGUUCUUUUUAAAUUGUAACUUGGAUGCUGCGCUACUGAAUGUUUACAAAUUGCUUGCCUGCUGAAGUAAAUGAUUAAAUUGACUUUUUCUUAC